UGGGAGGCUCUAUCCUCUGCUCUCUUGACACUACUUAGCUCUCAGGCCCACUGUGUUGACUUGUUUGAUUAAUUGACAACAACCUUGAUAUAAAAAAAGGUCUCAAUUCAAUGAAUGCAAAAGAAAUAUCUUAAUCCAAUAUGAACUAAAGAAAGGGUAGUAACGCGUGUCGUGGGGUAAGAGGAGGUUGGUUUAUGUGUUGGCACCCAAAUGGCGACACAUGGUUCCGCUCCGCCACCCCGACCCUAGCUUAAACUACACUUUCUCUUGUAUUGUGGUUAUAAAAGGAACCACACAGGCAGUAUUAGAAUCCAGAGGGAACAGAGCCACCCCAUCAGCCGUGGUUGCUGCUGCGGAACUCCGCCGUUACAUCCAUCAGAAACGAUCUUCCGCAGCAGCAAACUAACAAUAUCCUUGUCAUAUAACAUAAUAAUAAUAAUAAUAAUAAUAAGCAUGGCUCGCUCUCUCUCACAAGUAAACCGCCUUGGUGCUCUUGUUGCUGAAGCUUCCUCCUCCUUAAUCCCUCUUCGUCGGCGGGGUUAUGCGGCAGUGCGUGAUGCUUCAAAUUCCAUUGUAGAAGGAAAGGGGGGAGGAGGUGUGUGCAGAGAUUGGGCCCCAGAUCCAGUAAGCGGUUACUACAGGCCCAUCAAUCACACUCCACAAAUUGACCCGGUGGAGCUCCGACACAUGUUCCUCAACCGCAAACUCACAUCAGACCACACCCCGGGCCCACACUCAUAAUCAUAUUAUCAUAUCAAAACCAAAAGGCUUUUUAUGCUUCCUAUGAUCGUAUCCGAAAGCAAUAGCAAUGAUAUACUCGUUUUUGUUUGCGUGUCCUUAGUUUCUAUCCAUCUAUAUUUGCUAAAUUAGUAAUGGACUUAUCCUUCAUACUUUUUCUUU